AUGCAGCAAGAUACAAAGCUGAAAUUGCUCCAAGUGCCGGCUCACCAACGAACAGAAUCAGAUGCUUCUCACAGUUAUUCUGUGCUAGACUACUAUGAUAGCGAGACAAUAUUGAUAAGCGAAGUUGGCUCCGAUGAAAACCUAGAACCCUUUGUCAAUCUACAACCCAAAUCGGGCGAGAUGUUUGUACCUCUGUUGGGAACACAAAACACAAGUAGAGUGACCAAUAUGGAUAUGAGGGACUCCAAUGAAUCACAAAUGGAUACCUCUAUGAUAACGAAUGUGAGUCUAGGUGACGCCUCAACCAUCACACGCAACUCUCGUCGCUCAUUACCUUCCCUCAACUCUUUGAUUGAUCCGAAUAUCCCUCCAUGUAUCCAACCUCUCACGGAGCUUAGGCUCAAACAAAAUUUAGAUGACAAAUUCGACAUUUACGGUUUCAAGAAAGAUUCGUCCCUAUUUACUUCAACGGUUGAGUCACAUAAUGAAUGGUUUUCUGAGUAUAUACCACACUUACUAACUCAAAAGAAGAAAUGGCUCGUUCUGAUGAAGGCACACGGCCUUGCUUCACGCAGCGACGCACCACUGCCUCUGAGAUAUCCGCCGAAAUCCGAGAAAGUCAAAAAGCUAGUCAGAAGAGGGAUCCCGCCAGAGUGGAGAGGAAAUGCUUGGUUCUUCUACGCGGGAGGGUACGAGAAACUCAAUAAGAAUAUUGGAGUCUACGAGAAGAUUGUUGCUGACACUGCCGGGAUGCAAAACAAAGAUACAGAGGUAAUCGAAAGAGACCUACAUCGUACAUUUCCUGACAACAAGUAUUUUAAGCCGGAGCUUGUGGAAGGAGUCGCUGCGGAUAGUAACAAAGAAGCACCCAUGAUCUCGGCUCUUCGGCGUGUUCUCACGGCAUUUGCGCAAUUCAAGCCUCAGAUAGGAUACUGCCAAUCACUCAAUUUUCUUGUUGGUCUCUUGUUGUUGUUUAUGUCAGAGGAAAGAGCGUUUUGGAUGCUUGUCAUCAUCACCGAGAGAAUUAUACCCCAAGUCCACUCGGCGAACCUUGAAGGUGUACAUACCGACCAAGGUGUGCUCAUGAUCUGUAUCCACGAGUACAUUCCGAAACUUUGGUCUAUCAUUGGGAAAAGUUUCGAUGGAACAGUUCUUAAGGAUGAUAAGAUACUAACUCGACCUCCGCCAUUGACACUUGUGACAUCUGCAUGGUUCAUGUCGAUGUUUGUGGGUAUUUUGCCUAUCGAAAGCGUUUUAAGAAUUUGGGAUAUAAUAUUCUACGAAGGCUCUAAAGCCCUCUUCCGCCUCUCAUUAACCAUCUGUCGUCUUUGCAUGGAUCAUCCUAAUUUUGCUGGAUCCACUAGGGAUAGUCGCAACAUGGAAGAGCAAGAAACUGACAGAAUCGAAAUAUUUCAAUUCAUUCAAAACUUUCCUAAGUCCAUCACUGAUCCAAGUUUGUUGAUCAACUUGUGCUUCAAAAAAAUCGGAGGCUACGGGUUCGGCUUCCUUUCACAAGAUGAAAUAAACAGAUGCAGAGAGUUUGUCGCACAGCAAAGAAGUCGUCUCCGUACGAAAAAAGGCUCCAUUGCCGGGCAACUUAGUGAUUCUGAAAGGGCUUCUCUACAAGGCUCAGCAAAGAUGGACGACGAAAUUCAUGACGUUUAUGGUUUCCAACGCUCAAUUAUGAGUGGUGUUGCUUGGAACAUGCAUAUCAGUAGUGUCAUGAAAAAAAAGCUCGGAAAACGGCCUGAAUAG